CCUGAUCCGCGAUGAGUAGCAGAGCGAGCAGGAGACCUGUUCGACAGGCCAUUGCACUCAACACGCACCUCGUGAGGUAAGAAAUGAGUCAAGGUCGGCUGUCUGAUGAACACUGACUGUCACGGUGUGCAUGUGGUUUGUGUGCUCUGGCUGCUGCAGUGGCUUGCGGUCGCUGCAGGAGAGCCCAGUAGCGGGCGUGAGGCCUCGGCGUCCCCGGUCGGUGCCUCCGAGGCCAAGACCAAAGCCGGAAGAAGCCAUCGGCCUUGACGGUCAGUGAGUGAGUGACUGACAUGACAGAGAGGAGGGAAAGAGAGAAGAAACACACGGCAUGCAUUGAGUGCACUGGUGUGUGUGUUUCAGUUGACGCGGAUGACUCUGACGAAUGCGACAUAUACACACCAGUACGUGGGAGCGUUCUCCAUUGUUCCAUUCUAAGAUUGAUGCGCGGGAGGGAGGCUCUACUCAUUGCCUUGCCUUGAAUGCCUGUGUGUUUUCUGCAGGCUCGUGUCACAAUCACACGGGCCAUCCAGUCCGGCCGUCUCAGGUAGAGACAAACGAAGAGACAGCAACAGAUUCAUCAUCUUGUGCGCUUCAUGCAGGAAUGCCCUCGAUGUGUCCCGUGUGCCCGCCCUCAAGUGCACCACCUCCCUCCCCAGCCGCACCCGCGGACCGCCCGAGACGUCAUUCUACAACCCCCACUCGCGCAACACCCUCAUCCGUCGGUCUCAGCAGGGCAGCAAGGCCUCCCACAGGGGCCCCGCCGCCCAGCAGCGUCCCCCCUCCCCCUCCCGCCCCCCAACCGGCCGCCGGCCCGUGUCGCCGGGCAGCAUCGGUGCGCCGCUGCAGACGCUGAGGCCGCAGAGGAUUGAACUGCCGACGUAUCUCAAUAUUCCCGCCAGACGGCCUGAAAGGGAAACUGUGAGUGAGACAGUGUUGUGUUGGAAGUGUGACAGUGGAGCGGUUGAUUUGCUUGUUUUGUUGGUUCCUUCAGUGUCCGCCUGAGGAGCGGCUGUGGUCGAUGAAGAAGCUGGGUGACCUGGAGCUGCUGGCAUUCGCAUGCCUUCGGGCCAAUCGCAUCAAGGUCGGUCUGUCUGUCUCUGAGACACAAACACACUGACGAUGUGUCACGUGGAAUAUGUGUAUACUGCAACGAACGCAGGAGGAGGGCCGGGCCUACUUCGCGGCAGCUGUCCUCAGGGACAACAUGCAACAGUACAGAAAGGUACCGACCGGCCUACACAGCCUCGUGUCGUGUCUCACUCACACCCAUCUAUAUGCAGGCGAUAGCGCUCUACACAAGUUUCCUCCGCAUCUGUCGUGAGUGUCGCGACACCCAGGGCUGCGGCCUCGCUUACCACUGCCUGGGCGUCGACCACCAACUGCUAGGUAAGUAACGCAGAGAGAGAAUGAGCGCCUCGCGGUCAUGUCUCUUCGUUCUUUGCUGAUGUCACAACCAGCCGAGAAGCUGUUGGUGGGUGUGAGUCAGGAUGAGGGUGGCGGCGUCGAUCGCAGCGGGCGCGUGACGACGGCUCCUGGGCCGGGGGCGGGCUCCAAUGCCUACAGAAAUGCCCUCAAAAAGGCCAUACUCUUCCAUAACAAACACAGGUUGGUACACACACACAAUCAAUUCCCUUCACCGUACUUUCUUCCCUUCUGCCAGGGAGACGGCCGAUUCUGUGGGCCGUUUCGUGGCACACCUGAACAUGGGCAUCGCAUAUCGGGACCUGGGUAGGUGGGGGCAUCGCACGGAUUCUGCCACACUCAUCCAUGUGAUCUUCCUUCGCACGGCAGGCGACACGGCGUCUGCUCGCACCAACUUCCAGCAUGCCCUCAAGUGAGCGAGGAGGCCAACAUUGAACGGCCAGUCAACCCCAUCUCUCUCGGAUCUCUCUCUGUGUGUGUGUGCGUGUAUGUGUGUUAGGUAUGCGCACCACCUGAGCAGCAUGGAGGGCCAGUGUGUCGCCAUCGGCAACCUGGGACUCACUGAGCCUGCACCAUGGGGGUGGGUGGAGGGCAGACACACAGCACACCCUCGUUCACUCACCCCUGCAAACACGUGUGUCUCUGUGCCUUGUGUAGGGCCGGCACUGCUGCCCAAAUGCGGCCUGUCAUCGGUGCGUAAUCGGUUGAAGAGACGUAUACGCACGUCGCUGUGUUGACUUUUGUGUGUGGUCGAUGUGUACGCAGAGAAGUACCUCUCAAUGGCGGCUCACCUCAAGCGAGAAGACGCAAGCUCAGGUCAGGACAAAACACUCCGCCACACACGGGCAGUGACAGCUGCAAGUGUCUGCCUGUCUGUCUGCCUGUCUGCCUGUGUAUCCAUUUCCCGUGUGUCUGUGUCCAUCAGUGGCGUACCAGCGUUUGGGUCAGAUGGCGGCAUCUGAGGGCGAUUACACGUCGUCGUGUGACUACUACGCCAAGGCACUCGAUGCCGCACUACGCACAGGAGACAAGGUCAGGUCAAAUGAUUGGCCAAACAGAUAGACAGGAAUGGCUGCGUGGAUGGUGUGUGGUGUGUACGGUACGGUGUAUGCAGGAGGCGGAGCAGACCUCGCACAUCCAUUUGGGAGUUGCUGCAGGUUCGUGCGUGUCUGGGAAAGAAAUUGCCAUCCAUCGCUUUCUACAAUCGUUCGUGCCAUGUGUUGUGUCCAUCGACCAACGGAUACAUACAUGGCUGUGUCGGUCUGUCUGUCUGUCUGUCUGUCUGUCUGUAUGCAGCGCGGGCGAAUCUGCAGGAGCACUUCACCAGGCUGCUGCAGCAGACCAGCACCAGCACAGCCAUCCCCAUCCCAUCACACCAAGACAACGCAUAAAGGAGAGACAGACAGACAGACAGCCGACAAAUAUCCCCUUCUCGCUAUCGAGGCACGCCCUUGCAUGCAGCGAUACGUCCCAC